GGACGGUUCUGAGUCGCAGUGGCGCGGGAGGGGGCACUGCCUGCUGAGCACCCGCCCCAGCACAGUCUCGGCCUGCUCGCCAUGGACGACGAAGAUGUCGCCAACCGCAAGGUCUCCUUCCGAAAGUGCCUGGAGCACCUCUCCGGGGCCGGCAAGGCCAUCGGAGUGCUGACCAGCGGCGGGGAUGCCCAAGGUAUGAACGCCGCUGUCCGUGCCGUGGUGCGCAUGGGAAUAUACGUGGGGGCCAAAGUGUACUUUAUCUAUGAGGGUUACCAAGGCAUGGUCGAUGGCGGCAGAAACAUUGUUGAAGCCAGUUGGGAGAGCGUCUCGAGCAUUCUCCAAGUGGGAGGGACCAUUAUCGGCAGUGCUCGUUGCAAAGCCUUCCGCACUCGGGAAGGUCGCCUGAGAGCUGCUCAUAACUUGGUUCAGCGGGGCAUCACUAACCUGUGUGUGAUCGGCGGGGACGGAAGUCUCACAGGGGCCAAUAUCUUCCGGAAAGAGUGGAGCGGGCUGUUGGAAGAGCUGGCCCAAAAUGGCGAGAUGGACAAGGAGCAGGUGCAGAAGCACUCGUACCUCAACGUCGUGGGCAUGGUGGGUUCCAUCGACAAUGACUUCUGUGGGACGGACAUGACUAUCGGCACCGACUCUGCCUUGCACAGGAUAAUCGAGGUUGUCGACGCCAUCAUGACCACCGCCCAGAGCCACCAGAGGACCUUUGUUCUCGAGGUUAUGGGGAGACACUGCGGGUACCUCGCCCUGGUGAGCGCCCUGGCCUGUGGAGCAGACUGGGUGUUCCUUCCGGAAUCCCCACCAGAAGAAGGCUGGCAGGAGAAUAUGUGCAUCAAGCUGUCCGAGAACCGUGCCCGGAAAAAAAGACUGAAUAUCAUCAUUGUGGCUGAAGGAGCCAUAGAUACCCAAAAUAAACCUAUUACCUCUGAGCAAAUCAAGGAGCUCGUGGUCAAGCAGCUGGGAUACGACACGCGGGUGACCAUCCUUGGACACGUGCAGAGAGGUGGGACUCCUUCGGCCUUUGACAGGAUUUUGGCCAGUCGCAUGGGGGUGGAGGCCGUGGUCGCCCUUCUCCAGGCCACCCCGGAGACCCCGGCCUGCGUGGUGUCGCUGAGCGGGAACCAGGCCGUGCGCCUGCCACUGGUGGAGUGCGUGCAGAUGACCCAGGACGUGCAGAGGGCCAUGGACGAGAGGAGGUUUAAGGAUGCUGUGCGGCUCCGCGGGAGGAGCUUCGAGAGCAAUCUGAACACCUACAAGAGGCUCGCCAUCAAGUUGCCGGAUGAUCAGAUCGUGAAGAGCAACUGUAACGUGGCCAUCAUCAACGUGGGGGCGCCCGCCGCCGGGAUGAAUGCUGCUGUGCGCUCGGCCGUGCGCGUGGGCAUCGCGGAUGGGCACAAGAUGCUCGCCAUCUACGACGGCUUUGAGGGCUUUGCCAAAGGCCAGAUCAAGGAAAUCGGCUGGGGGGACGUCGGAGGUUGGACUGGCCAAGGAGGCUCCAUUCUCGGGACCAAACGCACGCUGCCUGGGAAGUCUUUGGAGGACAUUGCCGCACAGAUGCGAAAGCACAGCAUCAACGCGCUGUUGAUCGUCGGUGGAUUUGAGGCUUACCUGGGACUGCUCGAGCUGUCAGCUGCCCGGGACAAGUACGAGGAGCUCUGUGUCCCUAUGGUUAUGGUCCCCGCCACGGUCUCCAACAAUGUGCCGGGCUCCGACUUCAGCAUCGGCGCAGAUACCGCUCUGAACACCAUCACUGACGCUUUCGAGAGUGCCAUUCUGUUUGCUGACGCGCGCGACCACCACCAGGAGUUUUGCGUUCCCAUUUGCGUCCUGCCGGCCACCAUUAGCAACAACGUCCCGGGCACCGACCUGAGCAUGGGCUCUGACACUGGCCUCAAUGCUGUGGUGGAGACGUGUGACCGCAUCAAACAGUCAGCCAGUGGGACCAAGCGCCGCGUGUUCAUCAUCGAGACCAUGGGGGGCUACUGCGGCUACCUGGCCAACAUGGGGGGGCUCGCCGCUGGAGCCGACGCUGCCUACAUUUUUGAGGAGCCGUUUGACAUCCGAGACCUGCAGAAAGCCACCUCAAGACCGUGCUCAGCCAGCGCAUAUCUCCACUCCGGCACAUGGACCCGAACCACUGUGAUGACGACUGAGUCCAACGUGGAGCACCUGACGGAGAAAAUGAAGACCACCAUUCAGAGGGGACUCGUGCUCAGGAACGAGAGCUGCAAUGAGAACUACACCACGGACUUCAUCUACCAGCUGUACUCUGAGGAGGGCAAGGGCGUGUUCGACUGCAGGAAGAAUGUGCUGGGACACAUGCAGCAGGGUGGAGCGCCUUCACCCUUUGAUAGAAACUUCGGAACCAAAAUCUCUGCCAGGGCCAUGCAAUGGAUCAGCACGAAACUGAAGGAGGCUCUGGGCAAAGGAAAAAGAUUUAUGAGCGAUGAUUCCAUCUGCGUGCUGGGAAUAAGCAAGAGAAACCUUCUUUUCCAACCUGUGGCCCAGCUGAGGCAGGAGACAGACUUUGAGCACAGGAUCCCCAAAGAGCAGUGGUGGCUGAAGCUGCGGCCGCUCAUGAAGAUCCUGGCCAAGUACAAGGUCAGCUAUGAGGUCUCCGACUCCGACCAGCUGGAGCCCAUGCACCACCGAGGCCACGAGGAGCCUGCCGCCAUCUAGACGCUGCUGGACCCGCCCCGCCCGGCCAGCGCCGCUCCGGACUUCCGUUUACCACCCAUUUUUGUAACACUUAAGUUAUUUAUCAGCACUUUGAUGCGAGUACUGUUGAUGUUAAUGCCUAGUCACAGAGACCCCGUCCAGUGUCCUUCAUCCCCAGGGGACCCUAAGACUCCAGCACGAGCUGUCGGCUGUGUCUCCUACUGUGUCCUGCUUUAAACUGUGCGUAGCCAGUAGAAUUAAACAUUUAGCUCAAACUCCAAA